AUGGCCCAAACUACCAUGCAUGAACCUGCACGUCCGCGACUUGUUGCAAGUCAAAAGGAUGUAGGUUUCCAAGAACCCCUGCUAAUACACUCUGCAAAGAUGUACCCGUUGACAGUUCUUGAUGACCCUGAGUUGCAAGACAGUGACCAUAGGGUGUUGCAGAACCCAAUCCAAGAUGCUGCAUUUAAAAUAGGGGUCUCUCUCAUUGAUGAUGACUUUGUAAAUUGCCUCGAUGAGAAUGCUGAGAAGUUGAGCUCGAAUGUUGUUGAAAAUGUUGCUCUGAGACAGCCAAAACCCCUAACAAUGAGUAAUGAUAAAAAGCAGUUGGAGUCGGUGAUAAUUGUGGAAGACGUAACCGACACUAUUACUCCUGGCAUCCAGUUUUCAUCAGUAGUUUCCCCAUAUUCUGUGGAUGAACCCAUUGGUGAUCUCAUAUCCCCUACUGCAACAGAGGUGGAGAGCAUCAUUCCAGAGUCUGAAUAUGAGGAUGAUAGGGUCAGUGAGGGAGACAAGAAUGAAUCAUUUAGUGAUGCAAUGAUAGCUGAAAUGGAAGCCAGCAUCUAUGGCUUGCAGGCGCCAGCUAGUAGCUACAGAGCUAUGCAUAACAGAGUGACAUAUCUGGAUGAAAUUGGACCUUCUGCCAUGUUAGUUGCUGCUGCUGCUUGA